UUUUCCAACUUUGUCAAAUCCGGGAUGGAAGCGUAUAUUCUCGGCGAGUCACGAAUGAAUGGCCAGUCAGGCGAAAAGCAUGAAAUCAUUAUCAGUGGUCCACUUGUACAAUGGCGUCCUAUCCAGCAGUACUAUACAUGUACGGUAGACAAACCGAAAAAGGAAACAAAACUCAAGGGUCUCAAGAGUUUCAUUGCCUAUUCGCUCACCUCUUCACUCAGUCGAAUACAGGUAUCCCGGCGAUACAAACACUUUGAUUGGCUACAUGAUCAGAUGUCAGCAAAAUAUAUAAUGAUUGCUAUUCCUCCGUUACCUGAGAAACAGGUGUCAGGGCGUUACGAAGACGAUCUCAUUGAUCACCGAAAGCAUAUUUUACAAUUAUGGGUAAAUAAAAUUUGUCGUCAUCCUGUACUCAGCCAGAGCGAGGUGAGCAUAGUUUGA